GCGAGGCUGGUGUCCGCUGGCGGCCAGUGCUGGGUCCCGGGCCGGGGCCGGGGGAUCGGCGGCGCGCCGGGGCCGAGGGCCGGGGCAGGCGGGGCCGCUCGCUGCCUCUCGCUCGCCGCGGCGGCCACGGCGGCAGGCGCCGGCGAGGUCCGCGGGGAGAGGAGGCGCAGUCCGGCGGGUGGGCCGCUCGGCCGGGCCCGGGCCCGCGCUCAACCGGCGCGAUGCUCUUCUCGCUCCGGGAGCUGGUGCAGUGGCUGGGCUUUGCCACCUUCGAGAUCUUCGUUCACCUGUUGGCCCUGUUGGUGUUCUCAGUGCUGCUGGCGCUGCGUGUGGACGGCCUGGCCCCCGGCCUCUCCUGGUGGAAUGUGUUCGUGCCCUUCUUUGCCGCUGACGGUCUCAGCACCUACUUCACCACCAUCGUGUCCGUGCGCCUCUUCCAGGACGGAGAGAAGCGGCUGGCCGUGCUCCGCCUCUUCUGGGUCCUCACGGUUCUUAGCCUCAAGUUUGUCUUCGAGAUGUUGUUGUGCCAGAAGCUGGUAGAGCAGACUCGGGAGCUCUGGUUCGGCCUGAUCACGUCUCCAGUCUUCAUUCUCCUGCAGCUGCUCAUGAUCCGUGCUUGCCGGGUCAACUAGCCUCGCAGAGGGGCGAGAGAGGGAGCUCUGGAUAGCUAGAAUUCUGGACCCCCAGCUGAGGUCCCACUUCCACCGCACCAGAGAAGAAGUCUAGAACAGGUUCGCAGACUCUUGUUCUGGUGAAGCAGCUUUGUGACCCUUUGCCUGGGAUGGAUGCUGCAUGGCCUGAACCACUGAGAUGCUUGACUUGGAGACUGGCCUGGUUUGCCCCACAGCUAUAAGACUGUCUCCCACCGAGGAUUGGCAUAACUUGUGUCAAAGCCAGAUGCAAGCUGAACCUUGG